CAAGAAAUCUAUUGUGCCGGGAAAAAAUUUGCUGGCAAGAAUUACAUCUAUAAAAGCUGGGUUAACCCCGAUGGUAGGAUUAAAGCUGUACAAAUCUUUUGUUCGUUCAAAAGCAGAGUACGCUAAUACCACUUUUGCUAACAUGCCCGAGGGGUAUAAUAAGCAGCUAUGCACCAUAUUAAAUGACUCUCUAAGAAGAUGUUUAGGGGUUCCGCCAAACACGCCGACUUAUGCAAGAUAUGCAAUUGCAUGUGAGCUUCCACCGCAGAAAAGAGCUAUAUGGUUAACGUCGAGAGAAAUGUCAAAGCAGUGGUUUAUCAACUCGAGUUUGAAAAGGGAGGUUGAGGAAAGCUAUGCUAGGAAAUCGAGUUACGGGUACACAUACAACAAGUUCAAAUCUUACUUUGAUAGGUUGAAUACUAAUGUUUUAUUUAGCAGACACGAGAAGCUGAGUUUGGUCUCCUCGAGGCUAAAAGGUUCCAAAGCUAAUUUUUCGAGUGAACAACUGAAGGCUUUAUACUAUGGGGAAAAGAGUAGUUUAGAGGGUAAAGGUUUUCACCUGUACUCGACGGAUACGUCUGUAUCUGAAGGAGUGGUGGGUUGUGCGGUGCAUGACACGAGGCAAGGGAUUUCAUUUUUAUACAAGUUAGAAGAAACUUACGCGUCUACCUUUGGGGAGCUGGUCGCUGUAAAGCAAUGCAUUGUGAUUGCAAAAAGAGUGAAAGACAAAAAAAUUUGCAUAUUCACAGAUAGUUUGCAGGCUGUGAAAGCGCUAAAAUGUGACCGAACUAACAACUACGUUGUAGCUGACAUACAUAAUGAAAUCGGAAGGUCGGUAUUAGAGGAGGUACGCAUUAUUUGGGUCCCUGCGCAUGUUGGGAUCGGGUUCAAUGAGAAAGCUGAUUUUGCGGCCAAAGCUGCAGUGACGCAGUGCUUGACGCUUAAAGUAGACCUGACACCGAGUGAGAUGCUUAAUAGAGUGAGCAACUGUCUGUGGGUUGAAUGGAGAAAUGAGGUCAAAAUUUUGAGUAACAGAUGGGACGAAAGUAUGGUAAACAGCAUUAUGAACAGGGAAAAAAGACCAUGGUUCAGGGACAAAAACUGGGACUAUGACGCAUAUGACACAAAGCUACUGAAUAGACUGAUAGUAGGUAAAACGUAUGGCAAAGAGUAUCUCAGUAAAUUCAAACCAGAAGUAUCCAAUUGGUGUCACAGCUGUAGCGCCAUAGAAACUGCUGAGCACUUGAUCUUUGAGUGCACUAAGUAUGGUACAAUUAGAAACGAAUUUAUUAUUUUUAAUAAGUUUAAAGAGCUUAAGGAAAUUUCGGUAACAAAGAGUUUAUUCUACUACAAGGAGGUAGUAAAAUUUGUUAUAAAAAAUCAAAAUUUUCCCGCCGCAAGUGCUGCUGGAAGCACCAAAUCCAAAAAUAAGGAUCCGAAUCGUGGUUUUAAAACCGCCGAGGAUGGAAGACUGAUUAUAAGUGAUAAAGCAUUGCGAAGUGCUGGUGGUGAUGACAACAGCAGCAGCAGCGAAAGUGGCUAUGAUGAUGACGAGGCGAUUGAAGCAAAACGAGCGCCUAAACGCGGCAUGGAAGUUUACCAUAGUGAUGCUCUUAUUAUCGCACUCUUUAAUACAGAAACAAAAGAGGAGGAACUUCCAGCUACAAGCCGCAAACGUAAAGCUACCGAUGCGAUUAGUAUGCGUUCGGGUAAGACUUCAGCUUCAAAAUAUGUAGCCGGUGGAAAAGGUAUUCAUCGGCCCUUAGGCGCCUCCGCGGCUUCAGCAUACGCCGGCAGCGAGUAUACAACUAAGAAACCUAAAGGCAUUAUGAAGAAGAAGGGCAAGCUCGAUCCCUUCGCGUACAUACCACUAAGUCGAAAUACGCUAAACAAAAGAAAACGAGCAAAACAUGCAGACGCAUUUAAGAAUAUCGUAAACGGAGCACGGAAAGGUGCGCUGGGAGGCGUUAAACAAAGAGUCGCUAAGCCUAACAAACAAUAAGCUAAUAAAACUAAUGCAACAAACUCAAACUAUGUAUGCAUGUGUACAUAAAAGAUUAUAUAUGAAGUAAGCUAUAGUUACGACUGAGAGUUAUAAAUCAAAAGAUUGCAUAAAAUAAAGCUAAAAAUCACUAUUUAAACUAUUUAAACUUUAAAAGCGGAUAAAUAUUUUCUUCCUUCUACGCUAAAUGAUUUUAUUUUUUAGUUAGCUCAUAUAAUUUAUGUAAGUUAAAAAUACUUUAGUCAGUUCAUCUGAGUUUAA